AUGGAACAUUACAUACAUCCGGAUGCUUUAGUUUGGUCCGCAUUAUUGACAAAUACGAUGAUAAAAAUUAUUUUGCUUUUUGCCAUAACAAUGGCAAAAUCAUUACCUUAUAAAACACGUGACAUUUUUCAAUCUUCAUCUAUGAUUUAUUAUAUGACUAAUCGUUUGCCACAAGAUUAUGAUAAUUAUGGAUGUUGGUGUGGAGAAAAUAAAGCAAGUGUCAAAUAUGUUGAUAAAACUGAUUUAUGUUGUUUAAUUCAUUAUGAAUGCUACAAUGAAGUUAAUAGAACAUAUUUAUGUGAUGCAAAAUUGACCACAUAUAGUGCAAAAUUUAAUAGUGGUACAGUUACAUGUAUAGAUGAUUAUGAAACAUGUGCAUAUGAUACUUGUAUGUGUGAUAAACGAGCAGCAGAAUGUUUUAAACGACAUUUAUUAACAUACAAUAACAAUUUUAAACAUAUGUCUGAAGAAUAUUGUCAAACUACAGAUGGCAUGCACUUUGACACAUUGCAGAGGGCACCCAAAUCCCCGUGUCGUAUUUAG